AUGAGUCAGUUGUUUUCUACCAGUUCCCGCUCUGCUGUUCGCUGCGGCGAUGGUUCCCGCAGUCUACACACGGCGGCUGGUCUCUGCACUUCCUCUACUGUCGACAGUGUUGUUAGUAGUAUUGCUAAUACUACUAUGACUGGUGUUGACUGCAGUGUUCCGUUAACAGAUGACAAGGAUAACACCUGCGGGAUCGGGUGUAGUGACGGAACAACAACGAUAGACGCUGCAGAGGAUAAGAAUAGGAAAGAAGUACCUGAUGUUAUUUCAAGACUUCCAAAUUCACAAGGUGAAAAUAUGUUUCUGAAUCGAACUAAUGAUAACUGCAUAAAGUAUGGAAGAAAGAAUGCAACAACAACACCGGUUGGUAUAAAUAUAAGUCAACCGAGUCAACUAGUACCAUCACAAGAACCUCAACGAUGUUCAACUCUCCACUCUAAGAAUGGAACACGUUCUCAAUCUACAGAAAGAGAACCGUUGAUGAAUAACCGACAUACUCCUUUAUCAUUUAUAGUUACAGGAGGAGGACCAAAUGGCCGGAGUCGAAGAAGUAUUCUUCCAGAGGAGAAUGUAGGUAGUAGUAGAUCAGGAAAGCGUUGGAUUUUGAGUGAUGGUCCAGAGUCUCGUGGAGAAACAGGGGAAGAACCAGUUUUACUUAGUACUGUUCUUGAUCGUGGUUGGGGGAAAAUGUGUGAGCAAGAAGCUGCGUGGUGGAAACAACGUUGUGUGAUAGCUGAGCAGCAACUCGCUAUUGCUAUUCAACGUGUGAAUGAAUACUGUAGUGCGACAACAACAGCAACAACAUCGUUACCAUCUUCUUCUUCUAUACAAUUGGAUACGUUGGAAACUCAAGAAAAAGAGAAAACUUCCAUUCAUUCACCAUUGAUUUCUGAGUUAGAACUAGAAAACAAACGUUUACGGACUUUGUUGGCUCAGAGUAAAGAAAAUAGUGUGAAGUUAGAGGAGGUAGAAAGAGGAUCUACGGUAGUACGUUGUAAACAGGAUAUAGAAACAAAGAAAAAUAAUUGCAUAGAUGUUUUAAUAAAUAAAACUGAUAGAGAAGUACAAUGUAUGCUGGAUGAGAGAUGCCAUGAUCUUCAAGAAUCAGUUAAGCUGCUUCGCUCAGAGCGUGAUACCCUUAGGAAUGAAUUAUAUGAGGAAGUUAUUAAAAGAGAAAACCUAGAGACAGAUCUCCUUGCGAAAGAGGAGCAUCAACAUUCACAGCAAGAAGAAUGGCUCUCUAUGGAGUGUAAUCUAAAAAAGAAACAGGAACUAUUAGCCACUUCACUGCGUCAAACUCACCUUAAAGUCUCAGAAAUGUCAGAACAAGUUGAAGAAAAAGAGAAGGAACUGCAGAAGGCCCAAUUACGGAUUCAUUUAAUGGAGGAGGAGCUAUCUAUGUCUAAAGCGGAGGUGAUGCGACUGAGAGAGACGGGUGAAAAGAAUCUACAAGAGGGACGACGACUUCAGGAACAAUUACAAAAACUGGAGGCGGACCUUUAUUUACAUGGUGAUAUAAAGAAUGAAAACAUAAGUGGAAAAGACGGAAGUAAUUUAAGUGAUUCAUUUCAAGAACAUACAGAUGGACUACUACGACGUGUAGUGGAUAGAAUGCGUCGUGUGAAUUCAGAUGAAAAAUGGAUUGCAUCACAACUUGUACAGACAUUAAAAGGUAUUGGAGUGACAGAGUUAAUUGAAAAGACGGAUUCAUCUUCUUUAGAAUCUAUUGGCCGUUUAGAGUUGCAGCAUUUAGUACAUUCAAUUGAGACACUCAUAGCCUCUAUUGCAAAAAUGCUAAAUGAUAAUGAUGAUGAUUGGAAAAUGACAUCUGAUACUGUCUGCGAAGAGACGUACGAUACGUUAUCAACUAGUGCGUUAAAUAAUAUAAAUUAUGCUGACCUCCUCACUCGAGCAAAAGACUCUCUGUCUCAACUAGAGACAUGUAUAAAUGCGCAAAAACAACGUCAUAUGGAAUUGAGAGAAGAACUUGAAGUUGUUCGUAAAGAUCGAAACGAACUUGUAGGACAACAAAGUAAGCAAGUGCGUCACUUACAGAAGUUGUUACUAACUGCCGAACAGGAAAAGGUACGUUUAAUGCUUGAUAUUGAAGAGCGUGAUAAAAUAAUUCGACGUUUAAAUGAGGAAUCUUCCUUGACAAUGUCAAUAAAAAAACCUUCUACUUCUUCAUCAGAGGUGAAACAUAUCUCUGCUUUAGAGUCGCAAGAUAUGAAAGCAUCUCCAUUCCCCAAUAGUUAUUUGGGGCGACUAUUAGAUCAUGUAAACCUGCAAAUGGAAGAGUUUUACCAUGCACUCCACUCAAGAAUGAUGAUGGCAGUGGAGUCCUUUGCGCAGUUAAAAGGUGAGGAGUUAUUACAUAUAAAGGAACGUGCGGCUGCCCUGCAAGGACAACUGCAACGCCUCCGUGAAGAGCGGGUGUCAAAUCAGCGGGUUCAAGAUGAAUGCUUUGAGGCCCUGCGAGCCCAACUCAUUAAGGUUCGUGCUGAGCUUGCAGAGAAGGAGCAGGCAUUGCGUAUAGCAUUAACUGCGCAGAUAAGACAAGAGACGAACGGCCGACCGCAGCGCUCCUCCUCCUCCUCCACCUCGUCGAUUGUGAAAAUUUCUGGAGAGACUACACUGAGACCAGAGGAGUCGCUGCUUAGUCUACCCACUCCCCGCAGUCCCUCCGUAACCUUACCAGCCGUAUUCUCUGCGGAAGAGUCCUUACCACCACCAUCACCACCACCACCCUUGCUACAGAAACAACAUGAAGAAGAAGAAGAACAACAACAACAACAAAGACAACAACGAGAACAAGAAAAAAAAGAAGAAGAAGAUAAGCAAAAUCAACAUCAUAACGGGAGAGAUUUGACAAAACCUUUUGAAGAGUUGCGCUCCACAGUGUCGGCUCACUCUUAUAAUAAGCAUGACCUAGAAGGAGAUGAUGCAUUGCCGAUUCAUUUUACAGGAAGAAGUACGCCUGGAAGGCGAACUGUAACCUUUGCCCCAUCUGUUAUUGUUGUUGAAGAGCAGCGGCGAGAAGGUGAUGAUAAAGAAGAAGAAUGGGACAAUAAACUCAAAGAGUACCAACAACAAGCAAACCCUCUUUCUUAUGCUGCUCUUGCUUCCCGUUCUCCCUCUUCGAGUUUCUCCUCCACUUCAUCAGCCAUAACAAGUGGAAAAGAGACCCAAAUGACUAGCCAAGCCAUUCAACGGGGUGUGAUGCGCAAACACCAAGAGGUGUGGUUACGACAGGCAGAGAUCAUGGGGAUACCUAUAGAUGAGGGUGAACACCUCUCCACGACAUCACCGAGUUCAUUCAUGCAGUUGCCUAGUUCAUAG